GUCCUCUAAGCAAAUUUUUUUAAACCACUAAAUAAUGUGUUUUGUGUAAAAUUUUAUUUUAAAAAGAAACAAACAAACCAACAUUUCAAGUUUAUUGUAAUUAAUAUCAUACUCUAGCUAAUAACUUGUCCCAUUUCACGUGCCACCAAAAGUUUCAUGUUCCGAACUCAGGCUUAAUAGUUUAGACAGUUAUAUUUAUAAAAAAAACUACGUACAAUUAAUUUGGCUCUUUAAAAUUAAACUGCACCCUGGAAAAAGAGAGAGUGAAAUGAUAGAGCAGCAGUUUUUAUUGACAAAAGUCAAUUUCUGUGUAUUGUAACUCUUUCACAUGAGGUAGCAAGCAGGGGCGAGCAGGAGCAGGAGCAGGAGCAGCCAAUGGUAGCGCUUUGACUCUGCGUGUGGCGCCGCUAGGCAUUAAAGGCAAUCUUGACUUGUCUUGCCUGCCGCGGCAGCAACAUCCAUCCAUCCCAUAUUCCCAUCCCAAGAGGAGAGUCAACUCCUCUCCUCUCCUCCGCCAUGGAUGCUACUGCUAGCUAAGCUACGGCGAUCUUCUCCUUCCAUUCCAUGGCAGCUCUUCUCCUCCUUGUGGUAGCGGUAGCGAUAGCGAUAGUCCCUUGGGGCGGGGGCGCGGUGGCGGUGGCGGUGGCGCGCGAGGUCCCCGUGGAGUACCUGUACCCGCCAUUCAACCUCACCUACUUCCACUUCCUCGACACCAACGGCGUCUUCCUCCUCUCCCGCAACGCCACCUUCUCCGCCGCCGUCUACAACGCCGGCGUCGACCCUUCCUCCGACGACAACCAGUCCCGCUUCUUCUUCUCCGUCCUCCACGCCGCCUCCCGCACCCCCGUCUGGACAGCCACCGCCGGCACCACCAUCCUCCAGUCCAUCGUCCUCUCCCUCACCGCCCAGGGCCUCGCCCUCUCCGACCCCGACCCCGCCGCCGACUACGCCUGGUCCACGCCCCGCCUCCGCGCCCCCGUCGCCGCUCUCCGCCUCCUCGACACCGGCGAGCUCGCCCUCCUCGACGCCGCCAACGCCACGCUCUGGUCCUCCUUCGACCACCCCACCGACACCCUCCUCCCCGCCCAGCCCCUGCUCGCCGGCGUGUUGCUCACGUCGCCCGUCUCCGACCAGGACCUCAACCCGGGCGCCUACCGACUCAUGCUCACCGACACCGACGCGCUGCUGCAGUGGGCGACUAAUAAUGGCUCCUCCUUCCUCACCUACUGGGCGCUCUCCACCGACCCCAACUCCGUCCAGGACUCCAACGCCGCCGUCCACUCCAUGACGGCCAACUCCUCUGGCCUCUACCUCCUCGCUGCCAACGGCAGGGACACCGUCUUCCGCCUGCGCUUCCCCUCGCCUGACGCUAAUGGUGACCCCUGCCUCCUCAAGCUCGACUCUUCCGGCCGCCUGCGCGCGCUCCGGCUGAGCACCACAUCGCCACGCGCGACCCUCCCCACCGUCUGGGCGGCACCGACCGGCGGCUGCGACCUCCCGCUGCCGUGUCGGUCGCUCGGCCUCUGCACGCCCGGCACCAACGGCUCCUCCUGCUCCUGCCCGGACGCUUUCAGCACCUACUCCACCGGCGGCUGCGCGCCGGCGGAUGGCUCAGCGCUUCCACUUCUAGCUGACACCUGUGCGCCGCCGCCUAAUUUCAACUACAUGACCCUCGGCGAGGGGAUCGGCUACUUCGCCAACAAGUUCGCGUCGCCGGACACCUCCGGCGAGGAGCUCCCGGCGUGCCGCAACCUCUGCUCGGCCAACUGCUCCUGCCUCGGCUUCUUCUACAGGAACUCCUCCAAGUCUUGCUUCCUGCUGAACUACCGGAUCGGCUCCCUCUUCCGCGGCGACAGCGACGCCGCCGUCGGCUUCAUCAAGACGUUGCCGCCGGCGUCGCGUCGCCAGGGCGGCGGCAAGGGCUCGUCGCUCAGCUUUAUAACCAUAGUGUUCGGCAUCGCGCUGCCAACCGUGGCGGCCGUGCUCAUCGGCUUCGUCGUGUACGUGAUGUGGGUGAAGAGCCGGCAGGCCAGCAACAAGAAGAAGAAGAAGAAGCAGGGCGGCAGCCGCAGCUGGUUCAAGCUGCCGAUGCUGUCGUCGCAGCAGGCGUCGUAUGCGAGUGAGGAGCAGCAGGGCGAAGAAGACGACGGCGACGGCGACGAGGUUCUCAUCCCCGGGUUGCCGGCGAGGUUCACGUACGCGGAGCUGGAGGAGGCGACGGAGGGGUUCAAGUCGCAGAUCGGGUCGGGAGGGUUCGGGUGCGUGUACAGGGGCGAGCUCACAGACCCAGAGCGGAGCGCGGUGGUGGCGGUGAAGCGGAUGAACAACCUUGGGUCGCAGGGGCGACGCGAGUUCCUGACGGAGAUGGCGGUGAUCGGGAACGCGCACCACGUGAACCUCGUCAAGCUGCGCGGGUUCUGCGCCGAGGGCGCGCGGCAGCUGCUGGUGUACGAGUACAUGAACCGCGGGUCGCUGGACCAGUGCCUGUUCCGCGCCGCCGCCGCCCCGCUGGAGUGGCCGGAGCGGAUGGGCGUGUGCGUGGGCGCGGCGCGCGGGCUGGCGUACCUGCACGCCGGCUGCACCCGCAAGAUCCUCCACUGCGACGUCAAGCCGGAGAACAUCCUGCUGAACGACCGCGGCGGAGUCAAGAUCGCCGACUUCGGGCUGGCGAAGCUGAUGAGCCCGGAGCAGUCGGGGCUCUUCACCACCAUGCGCGGCACCCGCGGGUACCUGGCGCCGGAGUGGCUCACCAACGCGCCCAUCACCGACAAGGCCGACGUGUACAGCUUCGGCAUGGUGCUGCUGGAGAUCGUGCGCGGCAGGAAGAACUGCAGGUCGGGCAAGGGCAGCGGCGGCGAGGCUUCGUCGGACUCGGACGGCUACUUCCCGGCGAUGGCGCUAGAGCUGCACGAGCAAGGGCAGUACGAGGCGGUGGUGGACCAGCGGCUGGAAGGGAGGGCGGACGUGGCGCAGGUGGAGCGGGUGGUGCGCGUGGCGCUCUGCUGCCUUCACGAGGACGCGGCGCUGCGGCCGGCCAUGACGACGGUGUCCGCCAUGCUCGACGGCAGCAUGGAGGCCGGAGUUCCCAGGACGGAGCUGCUCGACUACCUGCGCUUGUACGGCCGCGGCCUGGUCGACGUCCGCUCCGGCCUCCAUGCUGCGGGGAAAGGCGGCUCCGACUUCACCAGCGGCGGCGCCGGCAGCAGCAGCUGGUCGCCCACGUCGUGCGUGUCGGCGCAGCAGCUGUCGGGCCCCAGAUGACAUGACACACACAUUUACUACUGUUUUUUCUUUUUCUUGUGUGAAUACUACUGUAGAUUAUACAGAAUAUUUUCCAUGUUGAGCUGCUAUUGUUGCAGGCAAAUCGCUGCAUAUGAUUGAUCGCUAGCUAACAGCCAAGCCAACUGACUUCAUUUUGUCCUAGCAAGUAGCAAGCAUUGCACUAUUUGUUAGCAUUUGCAUCUUGCAAGUUGCAAAAUACUAGUACUACACAGCC